GAGGGUGGAUCAUUUUGCUUUAGACACUUGCGAUCCAAAAUGCCACUUGAGUUAUAUCUUGAUCUUCAUUCACAGCCAUGUCGUGCCGUGUUUAUGUUCGCAAAGUUAACCGCAAUUCCCUUUGAAUACAAAAGCGUGGAUUUGUCUGCAGGUGAACAAUUUGGGGAAGAAUUUGGCACGGUCAGCAUUUUAAGGAAGGUACCAGUCCUUAAAGAUGGGGAUUUUAUCCUCACAGAGAGCAUAGCAAUCCUCCAGUAUUUGGCAGCAAAACAUCGCACUCCAGAUCAUUGGUAUCCAGCUGACCUCGUGAAGCGUGCCAGAGUCAAUGAGUAUCUUUCCUGGCAGCACACUGGCUUACGAGCUCACGGUUCAAGGGUCUUCUGGUUUAGGGGAGUCUUACCUGUGGUCACAGGAACCCCGGUGCCCAAGGAGAAGAUGGAUUCGGCCCUGGAGGACCUUAACAUGUCUUUGAAGACAUUUGAGGAGAAGUUUCUUCAGGACAGGCCCUUUAUCAUUGGAGAGAAGAUAUCACUGGCAGAUCUAGUGGCCAUUGUAGAGACAAUGCAGCCGGUUGGUACAGGUCUAGAUGUGUUUGAAGGCAGACCCAUUCUGAGUGCAUGGAGAGAUAGAGUGAAGAAGGAGAUCGGAGCGGAAGUCUUCGAUGAAGCGCAUAAGGUUGUCAUGAAUGUUGAUGUACUUUCACAAACUUUUGAAACAAAGGGUAUUCCUGAGUUUCUCAAACUUCGGAUAACGAAAAUGUUUAACUGAAUACUUGCUUCCUCCUUUUGUUUGCAAUCACUGGGUAAAAUAAGCAGUGAAACGACUGUAUUCAAAACAAACACACUAUAAAAAAUUCUAAUAAAGUUUUCAAUUUUUAUUUUU